AUGCAAGUACAUCGAUUGGAUGAGAUGUUGUUUGUCUACCUUCUCCGCCUCAAAGGUGGUGCACAUAUCAAUUCUCCACUCACACUUCAUCUAGAAGCAUUGAAGAGCAACUCGAGCUCUAGUCGGCAGGAAUAUCCGUGCCAGCUAAGAACCGGUGGUACGAAUUUGUUGGCAUACGAUCAUGUUCACAAGCUGCCUGCUGUCUUCUCUGCAAGACUAUGCGCUCUCCCUGUUCCGGCAAUGCAAGGUCAAAUGCUAGGACCAGAAGACAAGAAGCAAAAAUCCGUCCAUGUGAAUAAUCCGCAUAAACGCCCAGGCAGGACAUGUAGGGACGCCGUGAAACUGCAUAAACCCUCAAAAAAAGGUGCCUGUGCCAGCGGUCUACAUAUACCCGUAAGCGAGAUAUCACAAAACAUCGAUACGAGAAAGUGA